AUGGGGGUGGCCACGGGCUUCGGGGGCCUCUGGUGUCUGGUGUUCCCACAAACGGGGGGGGACAUGGGACUUGAAGUUGUUUGGGUGCGGGCUUCGGUUUAUGGGGUACCGGGUCUUUUGUUGUUUUAUGUUUUGGGGUCAUAUCUUGGUGUGGGGUUCGGGUCACUUGGGUUGAACUUAGUGAUGAGGGAUCAGUGUUGGAUUGGGGGGGGAGUUUGGUAUUGGCUGGGCCAUGAACGCAGCCUGGGGGGGUGGGGGGGGGAUACUGGAACUCCUGCGUGGUACAUUUGGGGGGUGUAA